AUGAAACGCAAACUGGAUGCCAAUGAUGUUCCGUCCCCGGAGCCCAAGGGCACCGAGGAGCAGGAUGCCGACUUCGAGACUCUCAACCUCGACCCGCGCCUGCGUCAGGCCCUGAUUAAAGAAAAGUUCACCAAGCCUACUCCCGUGCAGGCGAAGGCUAUUCCGCUGGCUCUUGAGGGCAAGGAUAUUCUGGCCCGCGCAAAGACUGGGUCUGGAAAGACCGCUGCCUACGUCCUGCCAGUCCUGCAGGCCAUCAUCCAACAAAAAUCUGCCGAUCCUUCCUUGAAAGCCACCACCGGCCUUAUCCUCGUCCCAACUCGCGAACUUGCGGAGCAGGUCCAAAAAGUCGUAACCUCGUUCACUCAGUUCUGCGGAAAGGAUGUCCGGUCCGUCAACCUCACACAAAAGGUGUCCGACGCCGUGCAGCGGACAAUGCUCGCCGAUUUCCCGGAUCUCAUUGUUUCCACCCCGACUCGUGUCCUCGCCAAUGUCAAUAACUCGGCUUUGUCACUGGAGAAGCUCACAUACCUUGUGAUUGAUGAGGCUGAUUUGGUUCUGUCCUAUGGAUACGAUGAGGAUAUCAAUGCCCUCUCGAAGGCCAUCCCUCGUGGCGUGCAGACUUUCCUCAUGAGUGCUACGCUCACUUCCGAGGUGGACACUUUGAAGAGCCUGUUCUGCCGUAACCCGGUGGUUCUGAAGCUGGAAGAUAAGGAAGAGAAGGGUGCUGGUGUCAGCCAGUUUGUGGUCAAGUGUGCCGAAGACGAAAAAUUCCUUCUCACAUAUGUCAUCUUCAAGCUACAACUGGUGAAAGGAAAGGUCAUCAUUUUUGUCGGCGAUGUUGACCGCUGUUACCGCGUAAAGCUUUUCUUGGAACAAUUUGGCAUCAAGAGCUGUGUUUUGAACUCGGAACUUCCUAUCAACUCCCGGUUGCACGUCGUCGAGGAAUUCAACAAGGGUGUCUACGACAUUAUCAUUGCGGCGGAUGACCAAGAAGUCAUGGGAGUGGCCAAGUCGUCUAAGAAGUCUCGUGAGGCCAAGGAGGAUACAGAGGAUAAGGAGGAGGUUGGCUCUAGCGAGGAUGAAGACGAGCCCGAGGAAUCAAGUGGAAAGCAAAAGUCCAAGCGACGCAAGAUGAGCGGCAAAGAAAAGGACUACGGCAUUUCGCGCGGCAUCGACUUCCAGAACGUCGCCUGUGUUCUCAACUUCGACCUCCCCAGCACCUCGAAAUCAUAUACCCACCGCAUCGGACGUACCGGCCGCGCCGGCAAAGCCGGCAUGGCUCUCUCGUUUGUCGUCCCUGCCGACCAGUACGGCAAGCACAAGCCCACUUCCGUCCCCAGUGGCAAACAUGACGAGACCCGCCUCGCGAAGAUCGUGAAGCGUCAGGGCAAGCUCGGCCACGAAGUCAAGCCCUACCAUUUCGAGAUGUCGCAGGUCGAUGCCUUCCGCUACCGUAUGACCGAUGCCCUGCGCGCCGUCACCCGUCUCGCUGUGCAGGAAGCUCGUGCCCGCGAGAUUCGCCAGGAGCUGAUCAAGAGCGAAAAGCUCAAGCGCCAUUUCGAGGAUAACCCGGACGAGCUGCGCCAGCUGCGUCACGAUGGAGAACUACGCGCUGCGCGUGUGCAGCCGCAUCUGAAGCACGUACCUGACUAUCUGAUGCCAGCGAAGGGCCGCAAGGGUAUCUCGAAGGAGGAUGUGGGCUACGUUGGGUUCUCGAAGACGAAUGUGAACCGUAUUCGGAAGGCUAGGGACCGCAACCGUGGUCGUGGAAAGGGAAAGAAGGCUGGCAAGGUUGAUCCUUUGAAGACAUUUAACCGGGUCCGGAAGUAA